AUGAAGCAGUUUGUUUCUCAGACCAUCAAGAGACUCUCUGGCAGAGACACACGGUUUGCCCUCAUACAGUUCUCAGACAAAUACCUGGAACACUUUAAUUUCAACAGCAAAGACCCAGAGCAACUUGUUCUGGAUAUUUAUCAGGUCAGUGGAUGGACCCGAACAGCUACAGCCAUCCGAAGAGUUGUGCGGGAACUGUUCACCUCAGAGAAGGGAGCUCGGAAAGGAGCCACCAGGAUUCUUAUUGUGAUAACAGACGGGGUGAAGACUGACAACCUUCAGUACUGGCAAGUGAUUCCGGAGGCUGAGCAAGCAGGGAUCAUCCGCUAUGCUAUUGGGGUGGGUGAUGCUUUUUCGAGAUCCAAUGCCAGGCAGGAACUGGACGACAUUGCCUCUGAGCCAAAGGCAGAGCAUGUCUUCACGGUGUACAAUUUCAAUGCUCUCAAAGGCAUCCAGGACCAGCUGCAGGAUAAGAUCUUUGCCAUUGAAGGUACACAAUCUCAGAGCACCAGUUCCUUCCAGAUGGAGAUGUCUCAGGAAGGAUUCAGUGCUUUGCUGACACCAGAAGGCCCUGUUGUAGGAGCUGUGGGAUCCUACGACUGGACUGGAGGAGUGAUUCUGUACCAGAAUAGCAACAGAAACCCAAGUUUUGUUAAUAUUUCUAGCGCUGCUAAGAGAAUGGACAAUGCGUACCUUGGCUAUUCCUCUCAGCCUGUCCAGCACAAUGGUAAAAUUAGUUUUGUGGUGGGAGCUCCCCGCUAUGACUAUGUUGGCAAAGUGGUUCUGUUUGAGAAACAUCCCAGGCGUGGAGAAUGGCAACUGAAAGCAGAAGCUGUUGGAGAACAGGUUGGUUCCUAUUUUGGAGCGACUCUGUGCUCAGUGGACUUGGAUAUAGAUGCAAACACAGAUCUGGUUCUGGUUGGAGCCCCCAUGUACUAUGACGCUGUCACUGGAGGAAGGGUCUACAUCUGUGAAAUUAUGGCAAAGGGGACGAAGGUGCAGUCACUUCAUUGUAGCACAACUUUGAAAGGGCAGGCGGGACAAAUGUUUGGUCGCUUUGGGGCCUGCAUUGCAGAAGCAGGUGACAUAACUGGUGAUGGAUGGACGGAUGUGGCAAUUGGGGCGCCCCUGGAAGAUGAAAACGCUGGAGCUUUGUAUAUCUUUGCAGGGAAGCAGACGUCACUCAACCCCAAAUACAUCCAGCGCAUUGGAGGGCUACGUUUUACUGGAGGGCUCUUGUACUUUGGCCAAGCUGUCAGUGGAGGGACAGACCUUACAGGGGAUGGGCUGAAGGACAUAGCUGUGGGACAACAGGGACGGGUCCUAUUACUCAGGUAA